GGCUUCAGACUGGCUGAAAGGCGCUUUCAGGGCGGGGCGAGUGGAGGGAGCGCCUAGCUAGAGGGCCCGAGCUAACCAAGGUGAGAGGUAAAGCGCGGAGCCGCUUGGGAUAGCAACUCUCCUGAAGAGAGGACGUUGGAGUUCAGUUAAGUUCCUUAUGUCCUCCCCUGAAAUUGCUUCCCUAUCAUGGGGGCAAAUGAAAGUACAAGGCUCUACUAAAAUCUAUAAGGACUGCAAAGUGUGGCCAGGGGGAAGUCGGGCUUGGGAUUGGAGAGAAACAGGAACUGAGCAUUCUCCUGGUGUGCAGCCUGCAGAUGUGGAGGAAGUUGUCAAGAAAGGUGUGCAGACCCUUGUGAUUGGCCGAGGGAUGAGUGAGGCCUUGAAGGUGCCGCCGUCAACUGUGGAGUACCUCGAGAAACAAGGCAUUGAUGUGCGGGUCCUCCAGACAGAGCAGGCAGUGAAGGAGUAUAAUGCCUUGGCUGCCCAAGGCAUCAGAGUGGGAGGGGUCUUCCAUUCUACGUGCUGAUGGAGCCUUAAGAAUAAAUCACUAAGCAAAA